GUAAAUAUGUUUGGAUAACCCAGCAGAGCCACUUAACCUUUGGGAACAAGGCAACUAGCGUCUGGCAGCAGGAAUCCAACCAGUGCCCUGAGUUCUGAGGCAGAGAGGAGGACAGAAGAAACAAGAGGCUGGAGAUUGUCAAAUUCAGUAUCCCAGUUGGCUCUUGAUUCUUGGUGAAACCAUCCCUCAGCUCCUAGAGGGAGAUUGUUAGAUCAUGAAACUAAUUACCAUCCUUUUCCUCUGCUCCAGGCUGCUACUAAGUUUAACCCAGGAAUCACAGUCCGAGGAAAUUGACUGCAAUGACAAGGAUUUAUUUAAAGCUGUGGAUGCUGCUCUGAAGAAAUAUAACAGUCAAAACCAAAGUAACAACCAGUUUGUAUUGUACCGCAUAACUGAAGCCACUAAGACGGUUGGCUCUGACACAUUUUAUUCCUUCAAGUACGAAAUCAAGGAGGGGGAUUGUCCUGUUCAAAGUGGCAAAACCUGGCAGGACUGUGAGUACAAGGAUGCUGCAAAAGCAGCCACUGGAGAAUGCACGGCAACCGUGGGGAAGAGGAGCAGUACGAAAUUCUCCGUGGCUACCCAGACCUGCCAGAUUACUCCAGCCGAGGGCCCUGUGGUGACAGCCCAGUACGACUGCCUCGGCUGUGUGCAUCCUAUAUCAACGCAGAGCCCAGACCUGGAGCCCGUUCUGAGACACGGCAUUCAGUACUUUAACAACAACACUCAACAUUCCUCCCUCUUCACGCUUAAUGAAGUAAAACGGGCCCAAAGACAGGUGGUGGCUGGAUUGAACUUUCGAAUAACCUACUCAAUUGUGCAAACAAAUUGUUCCAAAGAGAAUUUUCUGUUCUUAACUCCAGACUGCAAGUCCCUUUGGAAUGGUGAUACCGGUGAAUGUACAGAUAAUGCAUACAUCGAUAUUCAGCUACGAAUUGCUUCCUUCUCACAGAACUGUGACAUUUAUCCAGGGAAGGAUUUUGUACAACCACCUACCAAGAUUUGCGUGGGCUGCCCCAGAGAUAUACCCACCAACAGCCCAGAGCUGGAGGAGACACUGACUCACACCAUUACAAAGCUUAAUGCAGAGAAUAACGCAACUUUCUAUUUCAAGAUUGACAAGGUGAAAAAAGCAAGAGUACAGGUGGUGGCUGGCAAGAAAUAUUUUAUUGACUUCGUGGCCAGGGAAACCACAUGUUCCAAGGAAAGUAAUGAAGAGUUGACCGAAAGCUGUGAGACCAAAAAACUUGGCCAAAGCCUAGAUUGCAACGCUGAAGUUUAUGUGGUACCCUGGGAGAAAAAAAUUUACCCUACUGUCAACUGUCAACCACUGGGAAUGAUCUCACUGAUGAAAAGGCCUCCAGGUUUUUCACCUUUCCGAUCAUCACAAAUAGGGGAAAUAAAAGAAGAAACAACUAGUCACCUAAGGUCCUGCGAGUACAAGGGUCGACCCCCAAAGGCAGGGGCAGAGCCAGCAUCUGAGAGGGAGGUCUCUUGACCAAUGGGCAGAAUCUUCACUCCAGGCACAUAGCCCCAACCACCUCUGCCAGCAACCUUGAGAGGAAGGACAAGAAGAAAGAUGGGAUAGAAUUUAAAUAGAGAAGAAUGCCAUUUUAUCACUCUGCCUCUGGGUGAAAUAAAGAUCAGUCUUGAUGUUCUUACUCUAA